AUUUGCCUGUAUCCUUCAGAUUAGAAUAGCUUAUUUUUUUCCAAAAUGGAAAAGCAUCUAUUGCUUUAUAUGUUAUUAUUGAUUCCUGCCUUUGGAUCAUCAGACUUUUUGAUAGCACGUUUCAGAAACAUCAAGAAGCGAAGUGCUGAUAAUGACUUGGUUGUCAAUGGUAUAGAAAUCUCUAGCAUGAAAAUUGAUAGUAAAAUAACUUCCCGAUUUGCCCACAAUGUCAUCACCAGUCAAGCUGUUAAUCGUGGAAAUGUGCACAAAGAAGUCGUCUUUGAUGUUGAGCUCCCUAAGACAGCCUUCAUUACCAGCUUCAGCAUGACAAUUGAUGGUGUCACUUACCCUGGAAAUAUAAAGGAAAAAGAAGUUGCAAAAAAGCAGUAUGAGAAAGCUGUUUCACAGGGACAGACUGCCGGUCUUGUCAAGGCUUCAGGAAGAAAGACAGAAAAAUUCACAGUCUCAGUCAACAUUGCAGCAGGCAGUAAAGUCACUUUUGAACUCACAUAUGAGGAACUGCUGAAGCGCCAGUUGGGAAAAUAUGAGAUGUUCAUCAAAGUAAAACCAAAGCAGCUUGUCAAAAAUUUUGAGAUCGAAGUAAAUAUCUUUGAGCCCCAAGGUAUCAGUGAGCUGGAAGCAGAAGGAACAUUCAUCACCAAUGACCUGCAAAAUAUCAUUAGAAAAACUUUUUCAGGGAAAAAGGGGUAUAUCUCUUUCAAACCAACUCUCGAUGAACAGCGAACCUGUGCAAAUUGCUCCCAGUCUCUCCUGGAUGGAGAUCUUACUGUAAGAUAUGAUGUGAAGAGAACAGCUCCAGAUAGUUUGCAGAUUGUCAACGGCUACUUUGUACACUUCUUUGCACCAACAAAUCUUCCAAAGUUGUCCAAGAAUGUUAUUUUUGUAAUAGAUAUUAGUGGCUCAAUGUCUGGAAGAGAAAUACAACAAACAAGAGAAGCACUUCUGAAAAUCUUAGAUGAUAUUAAACAUGAUGACUUCUUCAAUUUCGUACUGUUUGGUAGUGAAGUACACACCUGGAAAGAAACUUUAAUCAAGGCCACUCCUGAGAAUUUGGAUGAAGCAAGGAAGUUUGUUCGGAGCAUUGAUACUGAAGGCAUGACAAAUUUACAUGGUGGUUUAAUGAGGGGAAUUGAUAUGCUGAAUGCUGCUCAUGAAGGAAACCUUGUGCCCGAGAGAAGCGCUUCUAUAAUUAUCAUGUUAACAGAUGGCCAACCAAAUGUAGGCAUAUCAAACACUGGGGAAAUUCAAGCACUGGUAAAAAAAGCCAUUGAAGGAAAAUAUCCCUUAUAUAACCUUGGUUUUGGCUAUGGUGUUGACUAUAACUUCUUGGAGAAGAUGGCAGUGGAGAAUAAAGGAUUGGCCCGCCGGAUUUAUCCUGACUCUGAUUCAGCUUUACAACUUCAGGGUUUUUAUGAUGAGGUGUCCAAUCCUAAGCUCAUGGAUGUGGAGUUAAACUACCCAGAAAAUGAAAUAUCUGACCUAACUAAAAACAAUUUUAAGCAUUUCUAUGAUGGGUCUGAGAUUGUGGUGGCUGGGCGCUUUAUAGACCCUAACCAGAACAGUCUGACCGUAGAUGUGAAAGGUGAAGGUCCUGAUGACACCCUGUCAUUUACUACGCAACAAGAUGCUGAACAAACGGCUAAAGCUUUCCGAGAGCAAGAAUACAUAUUUGGGGAUUACAUUGAAAGGCUGUGGGCUUAUCUCACCAUUGAACAACUACUGGAAAAACGCAUUUCAGCUACAGGAGAAGAAAAGAAGAAUCUUACAGACGAAAUCCUGGAUCUCUCACUAAAAUACAAGUUUGUAACGCCACUGACAUCCAUGGUGGUAACAAAGCCAGAAGACUAUGACAAUCAAGCUGGGAUUGCUGAUAAACCCACUGAAGGUAUACGCAUUUUCACAGUUUUACUCUAUUAGAGAAGCCAAGUUCCCCCAGAUUCAUUUGCAUUUACAGUUGAUGGAGAUCCACACUUCAUUAUAUCCGUGCCACAAAAAGAAGAUGCCAUUUGUUUCAAUAUCAAUGAAAACCCGGGUGCUGUGUUAAAUUUAAUAACUGAUCCAGUUACAGGUAUCAUAGUCAAUGGAGAGCUUAUUGGUGAUAAGAGAGCAAACAAUGAUUCUAAGAUCCAGAAUACUUACUUUGGAAAACUUGGCAUUACAAAUAAGCAUCUGGAUUUAAGGCUGAUGGUAACUCCUGAGAAGAUCACAAUUCAGAAUGGUAAUGAAAAGACAGGUUUCACCUGGCUUGACUCAGUCAACUUGCAACAGGAAGGUUUCACUUUGAUAAUUAACAGAAAAAAAAAUCUGGUGUUCUCAAUGGGCAGCGGUGCCUCCUUUGUUAUUGUUUUGCACCAAGUAUGGAAGAAACAUCCUCUCCACCAGGAUUUCUUAGGACUCUAUACAUUGGACAGUGGUAAACUAUCUAAACAGACCCACGGAUUAUUAGGACAGUUUUUCCACCCCAUUGACUUCACCAUACUUGAAAUCCAUCCUGGGUCUGAUCCCAGGAAACCAGAUGCCACAAUGAUUGUUAAAAACAAAGAACUGACAGUAACAAGGGGAUGGCAGAAGGAUUACAGAAAAGAUCCGAAGAAUGGCAUUGAUAUUCCUUGCUGGUUUGUUCAUAACAACGGAGCUGGGCUGAUAGAUGGUGUUCACACAGACUAUAUUGUUUCCAGUCUGUUUUAAGUAACUACAACUUCCUCUUAUAUCAUGUGUGUACAGAAUAUUUUUCUGAAAGAAUAAUACU